AUGAAUGGGAACCUCCUGCCGCAGUACCAGUGCCUCCGAGUCCCGCCACUCCUGCGCAUGGUGAACAUCAUGACAUUGAUGGCACCCACAAUUGUCCGGUACCCUGAUAUACGAGCCGGACAACCUGUUGAUGUCGUCAAGCAGCCAAGCAAUGCAACCUACCAUGCACAGCUUGAUGACUCGAGCGCAGACAAUAUUUACGCUCCGUUUGCCUCAAAGCUUGAUUGGGAUAUGGCUCGUUGGGCAAAAUUACGAGGUUCAAGCUCAACAGCGUUCUCAGAACUUGUCUCGAUCGAGGGUCUUAGCGAAAAGCUUGGUCUUUCCUUCAAGAAUACGCAAGAGUUGAACCAGAUAAUCGACAACGAACUCCCGGGCCGUCCAAAAUUCAAACGCGAACAGAUUGUUGUCGCCAAUGAAGCAUUUGAUGUCUACUUUCGCGAUAUCAUUGAAUGUAUCAAGGCUCUUUUCAGUGAUCCAAAUUUUGCUGACUUUCUCGUCUUCGCUCCUGAACGUCACUAUGCCGACAAAGACGAAACGAUUCGUUUAUAUCAUGAGAUGCAUACCGGAAAAUGGUGGUGGAAUAGUCAGAAACACCUAGACCGUGAGCGCCCAGGUGCUACAAUAAUUCCGACUCAAUCAGCAUACCCCGUCUACAUGACGAUUGGAAAUAUCCCAAAGGACAUUCGUCGGAAACCAUCACGCCACGCACAUGUCCUCCUUGCAUAUCUUCCAACUACUCGCCUUGAUCAUGUCACCAACAAAGCCGCUCGCCGACGGAUGCUCGCCAAUUUGUAUCAUGCUUGUGUGGGCCGCGUACUUGCUCCGCUCGCAGCUGCUGGCAUCAAUGGCAUCAACAUGCAACGUGGUGAUGGAACAGUGCAUCGAGGCCAUCCCUUGUUCGCAUGUUUCGCGGGAGACUAUCCAGAGCAAGUUUUAGCUACUGGAAUCAAGACAACUCAGUGUCCGAAGUGUGACAUUCCCCCUGACAAGCUUGGUUUAGCAACUGGUAUUGCAAACUGGCAACCACGAGACCUGGGCGCGGUACUUGAUGCACUUUGUGCUCUCGAUGAAGGCGGAUUGGCCUUCGUUCGGGCAUGUGCAAACGCUGGCAUUAAGCCAAUUGUCCACCCAUUCUGGGAGGGACUCCCCUUCGUCAAUAUAUUCGAAUCUGUAACUCCUGAUGUUCUGCAUCAACUAUACCAAGGGCUCAUAAAGCACCUCCUCGCCUGGCUUUCUGACGCAUGUGGCAGUGCGGAGAUAGAUGCACGAUGUCGACGCCUUCCCCCAAAUCACCAUAUCCGAAUAUUUACAAAGGGUAUCACUACUCUUUCGCGCGUGAGCGGUACAGAACACAAUCAAAUUUGCCGUUUCUUGCUCGGCAUCAUCAUCGACACCAGUCUACCUCAUAACAUGUCCUCCGCUCGACUCCUCCGUGCCGUUCGUGGUCUGCUAGACUUUUUAUACCUCACUCAGUACCCAUCUCACACCUCCGAGACACUGGUCUUACUCAAUGAGGCACUCGACCUUUUCCACGACAACAAGGACAUCUUUAUCGACCUCGGCAUUCGGAAUUCGUUCAAUUUGCCAAAGCUCCACUUCACAGCUCACUACGCUCAUAUGAUUCGAAUGUUCGGCACUACGGACAACUACAAUACUGAAUACACUGAACGUCUUCACAUUGAUCUCGCAAAAGAUGCUUAUCGUUCUAUGAAUCACAAGAACGAGUUUGCUCAGAUGACGACUUGGCUUGAACGGAGGGAGAAAGUUUUUCGUCACGAAAAAUACAUUCAGUGGAGACUUAUUGGUAACACUGCACGUCCACAUCAGCCACGUCCCCCCGAAAUGACAUUUCGUCGUACUCAAACGAUGACAAAACAUCCUACAGUCAAGGCAGUCACCACGGACAAGGUUGUGAAUGAAUAUGGCGCCACGCACUUUAACGAAUCUCUCGCACGUUAUGUUGCCAAAGUCACACUUCCUGCCAACACUACCGUUACAGCCAGGCAGCUCGAAGAUCGAGCAGCCGAUAUCCACAUCCCAUUUCGAACACUACCAGUCUUUCACAAGGUGAAAUGGCUCUCGGCUGAUGUUCGUGGUCAUGACGAUUCUCCGGUCACUGUUGAUAGUGUCCAUGCAUGUCCUGGACGGUCAGGAACAUUUGCGUCCGACAGUGUCGCACCACGAUUUGAUACUGUGUUUGUUAAUGAUGGUACAGGUGGUUCACUCGGCACCAAAGGAUAUCGAAUUGCGCAAGUCCGUGUUAUAUUUUCGAUCCCUCCCAAAGCCGUCCCGAAACUUUUCCCAUCUACAUUCCAGCCCCCUCAACAUCUCGCAUAUGUUGAAUGGUUCUCUCCCUUCCGCGUACCUAACCGAGAUCAUGGCUUGCACAAGGUUUCAGCGCAUCAUCAAAAACGGAGAACCAACAUUCGUUGUAGUGCGCAUUUGAUUCCGCAUUUCGGACCUGUGGCUCCUCGUGAAUGGACCUCUUCUAACAUUCUUGACGAGUAUCGAUAUAGUUUUGUUACACUGCGCUAG